AUGAAUGAGAAAGAGGACACUAUUUAUUAGUCUUUUAUUAAUUCAGAUGGAAGUUUACCAAUUGAAAAUUAGUUUGAAUAGUGUCAAUAAUGUGUAGAGUUAUAAAAAUAUGUUUAUUAAUUGGAGUAGGAAAUCACAGAUUUAAACAAAUUGAUGUAAAAAUAAUCAAAGAACUAAAAACCUCAAAACAUACAAAUACCCAAAAAACUAUCGUUUUGUAAAUUGUAAAGUGUCAGUGUGAGACAUUUCAGUCAUCAUCAAUAAAGCAAGAGUCUUCAUGAAGAGCAAAUUCAAAUUACUAAAAGUAUGUUCACAAGUUCUGGACAUUAAAAGAGAAAGAUUUUUGAUGAAGUUGAAGAAAAGACAAGCACAAAAGCCCUUUAAUUUUAUAAAUUGUGA